AUGGCGGCCAAGGUAGAUAGCCACCUUGAGCUUACGCCGUUCCUCCGCCAGCCGAAGACCCUCAGCCUUGAGGCGCGCGUCGACGUCCGCGAGUUCACCGCCGAGCCGCAAAAUGAGGCCACAGCAGAACAACAAGCCCCUGGACCAUCAAUGACCCUGGUAAGUGAGGAGCCUGUUGUCACACAGGAACAUGACAUGCCUCUUAUUGGAGUUCUUCAUCCACAUUCAAUGAUGGAAAUCAUGAGAAAUGAGGCUCCUAAACAAAAUAAAAGGAAGAUGCCCCUACCAUUGCCUGAAAGUUCUUUCCUCAAAGAAGCUAGAGAAGCAAUGCCAUCUGCAGGAACCAGCACCGCAACAAGACUAGGUAGUCUUACAAGUAGAGUUGAAGUGAUGAGGGAGGCCAAGCAGCAUGCCAAUGAAAUUUUGCAUGAACAGAGGUGUGCUGAAAUCCUGGAACAAAGAGAAGCAACUGCUUUGCAAAAAGCAGGUGAAGCCCUUGCCAAGAAAGAAGCACAAAAGGCUAAAAAAGCACUUGAAAAAGAAGCACUCAAGGCAGAGGCAAGGAAAAAGAGAGAGGCAGAAGCUGAAGCAAAGAAGGUUGCAGCUGCAGCUAAGAAAGAGGCACUACAGGAAGCAAAGAAGAGGGCUUUAGAAGAGAAGAAAGCAGCAGCUGAAGCAAAGAAGAGGGCUUUAGAAGAGAAGAAAGCAGUAGAACGUUGCAGCAAAGAAGCCCAUAAAAGUUAA